AUGGAACCGGAAUUUGCGUCCAUGGCUUCGAACCGGAAGCAGGUCCUCGAGGAAGAUGCGUACGUCGAGGCGCUGGACGCGAUCAUCGAGCGGGACUUCUUCCCGGAUCUGCCCAAGCUCAAGUACCAGACCAUGUGGCUCGAUGCGCUGGCCACGAAGAACGCGGCCUUGAUCGCUCAAGUUCGCCAGUACAUUGCCAACGACCAGCAAAAGCGCCCGCAGACGAAGACGAGCUCAAGGUCACAGCAGAGCCUUACAGGCGGCAGCAAGCGCAAGCGGGCAGACGACGAGGGCGCAUCGGCAUGGGACGUUCCCACACCGCCACGCACCUCCAGCGACAUUGAUGAGCCUACCGAAGACGAUGCUACCGUCGAUGACGCCGGCGAAGCGCCAAGCAAAGCAACCGCAACGAUGACAUUGAACCACUUCUUGGCAACGCACACGUCCGAGGACAAUGCAGCGUUCGAGGAGCUGCAAGAGAAGGCCGUCGCCGAGCACAAGAAGAAGUACCACUGGGCGUUCGACGAUGACCACGCGAAUACGCGCUUGCUCCUGCUACCUGAUGGCACCAAGAUGACACAGGAGCGACGGCUCCUCAUGGACAAAGCAUGCGACACAAAGCUCGCCUUGGAAGACGCUCGACCUGUCGCGCCCGACACGUGGACCUUCCGCGCCCGGAACCAGCUGCUCUUUCCGCCCGACCUCGAGACGUCCCGGGCCAUUUGCAAGCUGGAGGCAACGACGACGGGCGACGUGCUCUUGCUUGAGAAUGGCACGCCCCCAGCGCCGGAUCGUGCGCUGACCAAAUCGCUUCGGACGGGCGCGGUGGCCAAGAAGCCGAUGGAAACUGUGUACGCCAACUCGCGCUUCUCGUCUGCGUUUCUCGCGAGCCAAGAAUUGCCGCCAGACAUUGCACCUGCUGCGCCGCUGGACUUGGUCGAGAUGACGCCGCUCAUUGUACCUGGCGACGGCAACGGAUCGCCACUCAUGACGUGGGGCGACAUUGCGGCAACACCGAUGAUCCUCCCGAGCGAGACGCCCGCCCGUACGUGGUGCAGCCCGCGAGCGGAGCGAGCUCUUAUCCAUGCGCCUGUAGAUCGCCCCGUCUUUGAAAUCAAGGACAAGUCCAAGCGAGAAAAGCUUGCACUCGCCAUGGACGCCAAGAACAAACAGCGCAUGAAGGCCAAGAAGACACCGACGCCCUUCCGAUCGACGCCGGGACGCGGCAAGGCGACACCGACGCCGCUUUUAAGUGUCUUCCGCGCCGGUGCGUUCUCGGAGCUCCGAGCCAGCUACGCCACGCCGCUUCGUUCGUCAAGCAAGAACAACCCCCCUAAAAAGUGA